ACCCCUCCUCUCCACUCUCCUCUGGACUAACGCAUGGGCUCCAGUAGUGGAGAAGAAGGCAGUGAGGAAAGCAACUUUUCAGAAGAGAGAUAAAUGGUGGGAGGGAAGGCUGCUGUUGGUUUCCUGGACGGAGCUGCAUGCGCUGGCUGAGUGUUGGAGUCACAAUAGGAGGCGAUCCCCCCUUUCCUGUGUGUGUGCUUUCAGCCUGCUCUCACGAGGAACAGCGGGAGCAGGAACUGAGCUGAAGAAGACUUCUGGAUGCAUCAGCAAAGAGGAGGACCAGCCAAAAGAGGAGAAGAGAAGGUGAUAAAACAGAGACAGGGGCAGCAGGGGUUGGACUGAGAAGACAGCAGUAGGAAGGCAGAGUCUUGAGGGACACUUAAAGGAAAAGUUAAAGGAGCGAUAGAGGACCUCACCUGACCCACUUCUCUGCUCAGCCAGGUGGAGCAACCUCCUCCCUCCCUCCCCUUCCCCUCUCGUCCCCCUGACAUGGGCCGCCUGCUGGCCCUGACUCUCGCCUACUUGGCCUACCUGCUGGCCACCGCGAUCGGCUCGGGGCGGCAACAGCACCGCAUGCAGCACGGCCCCUGCAGCUACACCUUCAUCCUCCCUGAGGUGGAGCACUGCCAUCCCUUAAAGGACUUCCAGGUCACCAACACCCUCCAGAGGGACUCCCCGCCCGAGGCGGCGCCUGACGCGAGCCAGUCCAAGCCAGGCAAGGCCCAAAGUGAGAGGCCUUCCUGGCAGGAGAGGAAGCUGGAGAGUCUGGAGAGUGCCAUGGAGAAUAACACCCAGUGGCUUCAGAAGCUGGAGAACUUCAUCCAGGAGAAUGUGCGCUCUGGGAUGGAGGAAAUGAAGAGAACUGCGGUGCACACCCAGACAGCCGCCAUGCUGGAGAUGGGAACCAACCUCCUCAGCCAAUCAGCCGAGCAGACCCGCAAGCUGACAGACGUUGAGACCCAGGUGUUAAACCAGACAAGUCGCCUGGAGAUCCAGCUGCUUGAGUACUCGCUCUUCACUAACCGGCUGGAGAAACAUAUUCUCCUGCAGACUCAGGAGAUCUCACGCCUCGGUGAUAAAAACAGUUUUCUGGAACAGAGGCUCUUGGCGCUCGAGGCUCGGUAUGGGAGGGAGCUGCAGGGCUUGGAGAGCGAGAAGCAGCAGCUUCAAGAGCUUCUGGAGAGGCAGAGUCGACUGGUCAGUCAGCUCCAGGGUGAACUGGGCAGCUCCACACUCAACAGCACCUUACUACAGAGACAGCAGGCCGUGCUCACGGACACUGUUCAGCAGCUGCUGGCUAUGGUCAACCACUGCAAUGAAAUCUCCAAUGUGCCCAAGGAGGAGCCGCUCACUUUCAGGGACUGUGCGGCGAUCCUGCGGUCCGGAAUGACAGAGAGCGGGAUAUAUAACAUACGCCUCCCCAACUCCACCCAGACUGUCAAGGUGUUCUGUGACAUGAAGACCAGAGGUGGCGGUUGGACGGUGCUGCAGCAUCGGAGAAACGGCUCCGUUGACUUCCACCGCGGGUGGAGGGAAUACAAAAUGGGCUUUGGCGAGCCAUCUGGGGAACACUGGCUGGGGAAUGAUAUCAUCCACAAGCUGACCAGCUCCCAGGAAUACAGUCUGCACGUCCAGCUGAAAGACAGAGAGGGGAACGAAGCCUUCUCCCACUACGACCGCUUCUACAUCGAUGGAGAGGACAACGGCUACAGCCUUCACGCCGAGGGCUUCAGCGGCACAGCUGGACGCACCAGCAGCCUCACCCACGCCGGCACCCAGUUCAGCACCAAGGACAGAGACAACGACCGCUGCACCUGCAAGUGCGCCCAGCUCGCAUCUGGAGGUUGGUGGUUUGAGGCCUGUGGUCCAUCCAACCUGAAUGGCAUAUAUUAUCCCGCCUCGUCCAGUGUGGUUCGCUACAAUGGCAUCAAGUGGUACUACUGGAAGGGUCCGAACCUGAUGGCUACCAUGACAACCAUGAUGGUGCGCCCGGCAAACUUCUGAUGGCAUGAUGUCAGACGAAGUGAACGUCACCACCUCCGAUGGAUGAUGAGCAAUAUCCAAAAAACUGUGUGUUCAAGAGGAGACAUCAGACUGUUGGUGGUUUCAGCUUCUGGACAUCUUGGCGGGACGUGUGCAGACUCUCGGCAAAUGACUGUGGUUUGGGUCAAUUCCAGAGCGGGAAACUCCAAUAAUAUAUGACAAUAUCUAGUCACAAAGGUGUCCAGACAAGAUAAGGAUUGCUCAGCUGAGACAGGAAGGAGAUUGAGGGUAUGAGCUGUGUUACAGAUGACAAAAAUACAGCUGAUCACAUCAAAUUAUGCACUUACAUAUGAGCAGUUACUAAACCCAAAAUUAAAUUCAAUCAAUAAAAAGGAUAAAUCUUUAGAGACACUCUAUCACAAUACUUAUUUUUAUACUAGAGUAUGAAAAUGUAUGUUCUCUGUUUAUCCGUUGCUGUAAAUACAUUUUUGAAGACACACACUUUUGUAUAGCUAAAACUAAUUAAAAAAACUGUUUCGUAUAAAGUCUUAAUUUCACCCCAAAUGCUUGAUUAAAUUGAAGCUUGGUAUUUGUGAUACACUGCAUGUUACGGCUGAUAUUAAAGAUAUACUGUGCAGGAAUUGUUAGUUACUGUUAGUGCUCUGGGAUACUUGCUGCUGACAGUCUGGCACUUUAUAAAGUCCCGAUCCCACCUGCACGCUGCUAUUGCCCGAGGGCUACGCACUCACUUCCCAAAGGUUGCAGCCCAGAAACAUCCCAAACACAGCAAAAUAAGAAACUACAGGCAGAGGGCAGGGUCUCUGCAGAAAAAUACACCACCACGCAAUUCUAGUGGGUCGUAACUGAUGAUUGAGAGGGAUGACUUCUGUGUGAGGCUAUACAUUGUUUUUAGGAAACUCCUGCGUAGUAUACCUUUAAAUUAUUAAGCUCCAAUACGAUGCCCUGAUUCUGACUUUAUUCCAGUGGCAUCAUGGGCUGUAAAACAUCAGUACUUCUUUAAAACUGCACUUCAAUCGCUACAGAAUCUAACAUAAGAUAACAGUAUAACACAGUGACUUCAAUAGUUUAAUUUAAUGUCAAUAAAAAAAAACACCAUAAAGAACAGCAACAACAACAGUCUUUGCCCUUUGCUGCAUCUUCCAAAAGGCUUUUCACAAUGAAAUAUCCCUGAUUCUUUCCAGGCGCACCUCUCAUAAAACUUUAUUUGUGAGAGAUUUCACUCAUAAAAGCACAUCAUACGUUUUCAUUGGUGUGAUAUACUUUCAAAACUGAAACAUUUUGUAAUAACAUCUGGGAACAAAGUUGUAAAUUCAAUUCUGACUUUGUUAAAACAAUAAAAAUCGUACAUGGUCUUUGGUGCCUAUAAUAAACAGCGCCAGGUGCUUGUUACCAUGUAAGCUACAUAAACUCCAACAAGCUGCACAUGCUGGAUGAGAACUCCUCAGCCAUUGAUCUGAUGAAUCAUCCAAUAACACCGGUCCCGGUGGUACCCAUUAGAAAGCGGCGGGGCUUCACCUCGACGAACAGCGACCUGGGUGUCCCGGCGUACGCCACGGACAGCAGCUGUCGCUCACUGGAAGGCGACGCACAA